AUGUCGAGUACGACAGAACAACCGCAAAACAGCAAAGCAGCCCAAUUCUCCGUCCUAGGGGAUGACAAAAUGUCUUUCUGGAAGUCCUACCGCAACCUCUCUCCUCGCACCCGAAUGAUCUUUGGCUUCGGACUCAUGGGCUACGCUGCAUUUGGGCUCUGGAGUGAAUCCCGUGUGGAGAAAACCCUAGGAAUGGUGCCGAGUGAGGCGGAAAAGGAGGAAUUAGACAAACACAUCAGCGUGAAGAUCCAUAGCGUGGAUAAAGCGAAUUGA